GCUGCGCAAAAGUCACAGCGGAUCCCUUCCUUCUUUUUGCCUGCAGGGCAUUUUACUGCGCAUUUUUAGAUACGCAUUUCAUUAUCCCAUCCCUUGCUCCUUGACCCUUUUUUUUUUUAUAAAGGCCUCUUGCCAUUUCGUUCUUUCUUGCAUGGGCUGAAGCACAUAUAAAUAUAGAGUGAACGAGUUGGGCACACUCCAAAGCAAUAAUCAAGCAUUCAAGAAUGCCUCCUCGACCGCUUCCAGCCGCUGUAAAGCUGGCACCCGUCUUGGAAACUGCUCGUGUUUCGGCAUACCAAAAGUUUGACGACGGAAAGAUUUGGUACAAGGUCAAUGUCAUUCCGUCAACAGUUACUGGAAACGCGAAAAAGAAGCGCCUCUCGUUUGUAGCUGCCCCACGUCCCUAUGCUGUCUGGAGACGCUAUGACCACUUUGUAGACUUUCACACGGCUCUUGCCGCACAGCUGAAAAAGGAUCCCUCUGCGGCCGCCGGCCGGAGAUUGCCCCAGCUCCCGAAAAGCAGAUUUUUUGUCACUCGUGCAGUCUGCGAGGAGCGCGUAACAAGGUUAGAUGCUUACACUAGAGAGCUGUUGACCAUGCCAGAGCGUGUGACGAGAAAUCUCCUCUUUGGCGAAUUCUUUGGGCUGUGGAUCAAAGACAUUGAACCGGGGCGAGACUUGAACGAUUUGAAGACAGGUGCAAAGCCAGAGGAUGAUGAAGACAUUCCUUUGGACGAGCCUUGGUUGAAGUCCGUAGAAGAAAAACGAAUGUCCAGAAAGCUUGAAAUGCGAUCUCUCGGUCGCGGACUCAACACUCUCCUUAGAUCAACAAGUGCAGAAUUCGCUGCGGUUCUGGGGCCCCCGACUCCUCCAAAGUCUCCAGAGCACAGUCGGUCGCCCUCAGCAGGAUCGGCCAAGCCGGCCCGCAAAUCUCGAGACAGUGCAGGUAGUAACAACACCGCCGAAAUGGAAGACUAUGCACAAGCCUUUGUCGCUGCUGUGCUGGCUGGCGAAGUAAAAUCGGCCCAGGAGGAUGAAUUGAGGACGAACACCAUGGCCAAAACUCGUCAGCUUCAACAGGAGGUCAAAAGUGCUGGGCCAGUGCUUACGACAUUAGAGCGCGGACAAAAUGAGAGGAACCAACCUCUGGACUACUCUGGUCCACCUCCUGAGAUCCCUAAAAGGGCACAGUCUCACGGAUGGGCGAGCUCGUCAUCAAGUCCCGUUCCUCCUUCGCCUACGCUUUCCAAUUCAUCAGCUACUUCGACUGAAGCGGAAGCAGGUGCGGCGUCAGGAGGCGACGAGUCAUCAGCACUCCCUUCACCCUCCACCGCCCAAUUCCGCAUGUUACGCACUCCGUCACCCACAUCGUUACAGUCUCCCGGUCUUACUAGCCCGCGUCCCAUUGGUAUGAAAUCGAGCGAGAGACAGAGAACCCUCGCUCGCGCCGCCACUGUCCAAUCUGGUCCCCUUCGUCAUCCCAUGGCCAAGCGCACCGGAACUGUCACGGAAGGACGACGAGACCCUUCACCACCCCAGGGAAGGAAGAACCUUCUUGUCAACUCAUCGCUUCAACGUAGCUUGACGUUAACUCGACAUUACAGUACACCCAGUUUGGACAGGAUCGCAAGUCCAUCCAACGAGAAAAAUCCAACGAUUCCUGUCUCUCCCGUCAGUCCCCCUCCAUCCAGUGCCGGUCCAAACCUCAUGCCCUCCUUUCAAGACCCCUCUGUCUCCUCGGCCCCUCCACCACCAGAGCUCCACCGCAACCUGUCUGAACCCUCUCUUCAAACUCUACAGCGAACAGCAACGGUUGGGGUCGAAGUCAAACGCGAACGCUCUCUCCUCAAACGGGCCAAAACCAUAGGCACGCGGCUGAAACCCGCUCCGAAACCAGUAAUUCCCAAAGAACUUGAAGACAUGUCCACUGUUCCCCCUUGGAACCGCGAUCUGAAAGUUCUCCAACGCCAAGGAUCCGUCAGAUUGGGUGUCGUCACGCACGACGAUCCUCCAUCGGUGGCUCCACUGUACAGAAGUAAUACUACUAUAGCCCCUACACGUAAACCCGAAAUAAUCACCAGAAUCCAAAAACCAAAUCAAGACAUCUUGUCUCCAAUCCCAGGCAUUCCGCCCAACAAGGCAAAACGGUCCUCCCUCCUCUUCCGGUCUCACUCCUUGUCCACCCAAGCAGAACUUCCGUCCCAUUUCAUUCAACUGAAGGCACUGUAUGAUCCUCACAUUAUUUUGUUGAAAAUCUCGCGAACUGUGCCGUUGCCCGACGUGCUCGACAGAUUGAGUCGAAAGUUUUCCAUGGUUGUAGGAAAGGAAGUCAAGGUUGUCGGAGUGACUUACAAGGAUGCCGAGGACCACAUGAUUACUGUUACAGAUGAAGAAGAUUGGAUCAUCUGCAAGGAUAUGUGUGUUGGAAGGUUGUGUGUGUGGGCAAAGGUUGAUGAUUGAGUUGUUAAAGGUGUCCUAUCAUAAGUCGUUUUUUAUUAUGUCAUAGAUUGUAUUUAGGAGAGUAAGCGAGCUCCGUGCAUAGAUUAUCCAGGAAAGGGCUUGUAACUCCUUCCAUUGUAAAGCGAAUAUAACCAUAUUUUAUGUUACUUUUGGACCAACACCAGACAGAAGCCAUGGGUCUCAUAAAGGAAAAUAAGACUAUAUUUCACAGACAUUUUUAAGCCGAAUUACCAACAAGAACCAUCAAACAACCCAUCUCGCCGAAACGAUUACUCGUCCUCCAACACCACAUCCUCAU